CAGAGAAGCGGCGCGUCCUCCUCUCCUCUCGCCUUGGCUGCAUCAGGAAUGUGCGCGUAAAACUUCUACCGUGGGAGUACGGACACGCGUUUUCCGUCUUCUCCUGCCAAGCUUUCUCUCUCUUUCCACUCCCUCUCUCUCUCUUUUCCUGUCUCCAUCUCUGAAUCUCAGGGUAAUUCAGAGGAGAACAGGAGCACUAACCGGCACCAUGACAUAGUCUACACAGAGGAUACACUCUCCCUUCUCUCUGGAAGCUGCGUGUUUUCCUGGUGUGGUGGUAAUCCUCGGUCAUGGAGUUUCCCUCUGCCACCGUUUUUGACCAGCCUAAAGACUGUGCUGAGGAGGUGGACUUGAAUGUGGUGUUCCAAGCAGCGGCUACAGGGGACGUCAACAGUCUGACAGCCACGAUACGUGAGGAUCCCUCCAUCCUGGAGUGUUGUGAUAGUGAAGGAUCAACGCCGCUGAUGCACGCCGUCUCUGGGAGACAGGUGGAUACAGUCAAGCUGUUGCUGAAAAUGGGUGCAUCGAUCAACACUCAGGACGCCUGUGGCAGGACUUCACUUUCCCUCGCUACAUACUUGGGUUGGCUGGAAGGCUGUGUGUGUUUACUACGAAAUGGAGCAAAACAGAACAUCCCUGAUAAGAACGGUCGCUUACCGCUUCAUGCUGCUACAGCUGAAGUCGAUCUCAGACUCAUGGCUGUGUUAUUGCAACAGUCAACACUGUGUGAAAUAAAUCAUCAGGACAAUGAGGGAAUGACGGCGCUUCACUGGGCAUCCUUCCAUAACCGCCCGGAGCAUGUACAGGCCCUGCUGCAAAAAGGGGCGGAUCCCACCCUGGUCGACAAAGACUUUAAAACUGCACUUCACUGGGCUGUGCAGAGUGGCAGCAGAUUUAUGUGCUCACUAAUUCUCGAUCAUCACCUUGGUUCCACUGUCAUAAACUACGACGACGAGAAUGGCAAGACCUGCGUUCACAUUGCCGCCGCAGCAGGUUACAGUGACAUCAUCUAUGAGCUUGCACGUGUCCCUGAAACCAAUCUGCAGGCUCUUGAUGUAGAUGAGCGGACGCCUCUGCACUGGGCAGCUGCAGCAGGAAAGGAAGAGUGUGUGCAAGCUUUGUUACAGCUGGGCGUGGAGCCUGGGCCAAGAGACAUCAACGAGAACACACCACUGACGUACGCCAUGUACUGCGGCCACACUGCCUGCAUCAAACUCCUAUCAGCCGACAGCAGGCCUGAAUCGACCCGGCAGCUACUUUCCCAAAGCAGCGACCCUGCUAUCAGAAAAGAAGGAAAAUUUCGUGUACUGAACCACAUCUUCUCAUGUAAAAAGAAGAAAGAACUGCAUGCCACACGGCAAAGGGAGCUGAGCCGAGAGCGCCACCUGCAAGAAGAGACCUCUGAAGUGGAUGACAUCAUCACCAUGUUCGACUGCAUUGUUGAUCUCCCUGCCAAGGAGGACAGCAGAAAGCAACCUAAUGAGCCCGAAAGGCUUGAGGACCCCACUCCCAAGGACCACAGGAGCCUACCUCCUAUACGCACACAGAGUCUUCCACCCAUCACUCUGGGAAACUCUUUGUUAACCAACUUGCACAAUGCACCACAUAGAACUGUGUCAGGGCAGAUGGUUAGUCAUUUGGCCCACAGGUCACAGAAGAGCAAGAGUGAACAUGACCUGUUUGACAGCAGAACAAGGGCUCAGAAAGGCACAGGUCCUCCUUGGAAAACAGAAUCCAGUCAGUUGCUAACCCACAAGGCUUGGGUGUCACCUCCUUCUGACAGGAUGCUGGAUAAACUGUUACACGAAACACCAAGUCCUAUAGAUGUGCUUUGCUCCAACCACACACCCUAUAUCCAGAGAAAUGACCAAGUUGCAAAUACGCAUCUGGUACCACUGCGAAUGAGAGACUCGGCCUUGACACGCAACAGCUUGGCUCCCAUUCGUGACCACUGCACUCACCGAUUCUCUCUGCCACCUGAUCAAGUCUCUCAAGGAGUAAGGAAGUCCAAAUCCCUGCCCCUCAGCUCUCUGGGGCGCAGUCUAGCAGGACUCCCGCCUCCUGUAACGUCUAAGAGUCACAGACCAGGCAUCCAUCAGAGCCAGUCUCUUUGUUCCUUUCCUGCUCCUCUGAGCACUGAGCCGCUGCGAAACAUGCAAGUUCUUCCCGCUAUCCCACCCCAAAGGAAACGAAGCCCUUCACCUCCGAAAUUCCAGAAGACAACUGAGAAUAACACCAACAGAAGAACCUGAUGCCUUUUCUCAGCCACAUUAAAACUGGUUUCUGUCUGUAAACUUGAAAAUACUAUGAUCUUCUGGUUUUAUUUGAUUGCUCGGACUGUCAGUAAACUCUCAGUAUAUAUUUUCAUGAGGACUUGAGAAGAAGGAGGUUCAUUUUAAUGCAUUGCUAUUGUUAAAAUGUUUGAUAAAGUUUAUGAUGAUAUCAGCCUAUUUUUACACAUGUUUUUACAAAAUAGACACUUGUCUAUGGCA